UGAAAACAUCUUUUCUGCAAACAUCAGAAAUAUUGAGGUUUCUGUGACUGUUUAAUAACCUUCAUUUCACAACCCUUACAAGGAAAAGGUUUCUGAACAGUGUGGUUUAUGAGGUUCGAGGCUGAAAAGGGAAGAUCAUGAAGCUGGAGGUGCCAGAAAGCUUUGAAGAUGUUGCUGUUGAGUUUUCAGAUGAGGAGUGGAAGAUGUUAAGUAAACAGGAGAAGGAGCUCCACAGGGAAGUGAUGAUGCAGAACUACGAGAACAUGGUGUCAUUAGGGUAUACUGUCCCCAUGGAGCAUCUAUGUUUAGUAAUUUGGAUAAAUGAGGAUGGUCAAAGCAAAGACACAGGAGGAGGAGGAAGGACUGUGCUGCAGAAGAAGCUUCCUGGUGGUGGUAUCAGUAUCAGCAGGAAUGCAGACUGUGGUGAGAGUCAGAGUCAUCGAUCAUCACUUACAAAAUGUCUUCAUUCUGAAAAUGACAAGGCUUUGUCAGAGGCAUUAUGUGUUAUAAGACAUGCCCCUGUGCAGAGUGGAAUUAGGCCCCAUAACUACAUGGAAUAUAAUGGGAAAUCCACCAAGAAAGCUGCGCUGGAAAUGAAUGGAGGGGAAAUAAAGCGGAGAUGCCUUAGUGACCUAAACAAUUGCACAUUUCAUAGUAACAACUUAAAUGUCAAAUUCAUUCCAUGUGGUAAAAGCCAGAAUGAUGCCAUUGUAGUACAUGAACAGAACAAAAGUAAAGAAGAAUUGUAUCAACAUACAGUAGGUGAAAAAGAUGUUUCAGAUAAAAACAGUGUACCCCUGCAUCAGGCUGUCUGUUCUAAACAGAAACCCCUCAAAUGUGCAAAUUAUGACAAGGAUUUUCAACAGAACUGUAGCAUGGUAAAACUUGGAUAUGUCCACACUAACCAGAAGCCAUGCAGAUGCUUCACUUGUGACAAGAAUUAUGAAGAUGACAUAUGUCUGGAAACACAUCAGACUGACCACAAUGAUAAGGCUUUCACAGAGAAGAAUUGCAAAAUAAGUGAUCAGUAUGUUCAUUUUGACCAAAAACCCUUCACAUGCACUACGUGUGGUAAAGGUUUUACACAUAAAGGUAACAUGGUAAAACAUGAGGUAGUACACACAGGGAAAAAACCUCAUAAAUGUACCACAUGUGGCAAAUGCUUUACACAGAGGAGUAACAUGGUAAAACACAGGCAUGCACACACAGGUAAAAAAAACUAUAAAUGUACCACGUGCGAUAAAUGCUUUGCACAUAAGAAAAGUUUAGUUGAGCAUCAACUUACCCAUGUUGGACAGAAACCUUAUAAGUGUGCCAUGUGUGACAAGAAUUUUGCACGUAAAAGUAAUAUGGUACAGCAUCAGUUUGUUCACAAUGGGCAAAAACCAUAUACAUGUGCCACAUGUGGUAAAGGAUUUACCCAGAAGAGUAGUAUGCUCAACCACCAAUAUGUCCAUAGUGGCCAGAAACUCUAUAAAUGUCCCACAUGUGGAAAAGGAUUUGCCCAAAAAGGUAGCAUGAUAAACCAUCAGUAUGUUCAUAAUGGACAACCACCUUAUAAGUGUGACAAUUGUGGUAAAGGAUUUACCCAGAAGAGUGGCUUGGUGAACCAUCAAUUUGUCCAUACUGGCCAGAAACCCUAUAAAUGUGCCACAUGUGGCAAAUGUUUUGCACAGAAGGGUCACAUGGUAAAACAUCAGUAUGUCCAUACUGGCCAAAAACCAUUUGAAUGUGCCACAUGUGGCAAAUGUUUUACACAGAAAGGUAACAUGCUACAACAUCAGCAAGUCCACACUUUGAGCACAAAGAAUUCUUGAGCAUGAGAAAGCAAUGCUAACUAAGAAUUAUACAAUACAAAACAUUAACAAGCUGGCAUUGAGAAAAUAGCAUACUAUAGUUCAAGGGAAAGGUUAAAGGUCAUGUAUGCUCAUUACAAUAGCCACCCUUGGUAACUACAGUGUUCUACAUAAGUAAUGGAUGAAUUGUCAAGACAUACAAGCAAAAAACAGACCAUUGCAGACCAAAGACAGCCAGACAUUGUUGGAGCAAAUUGGAUAAUAAAAAGUGACAGAAGUGGUAACCUGCUAUGGACUAGUGAAGAAGAUAAGAGCUCUUGGUAUCUUGUGGAUGCUGAAAAUAGCACCCUCAGCAAAUAUCUAAGAGUGAGAGAGCCCUGGUCUUCUGAAGUAUGGAUAUCACCUUACUAAUUUUACUUGCUAGAGGAGUAACUCUGGGUUUCCUUACUGUGUCAGACCCAAAGCAGUUUUAUUCUCACAUUUUCAGGGUACACUGUUGUAUGGGAUUCUCAAAAUGCAUUAAAGCAUGGUCAGCCCACUUGUUAGAUAUUUUCAGGGAAGGGGGAUUUCAGCCCAAUGUAGGACUCGUAUUUGGCACUGUUCUUAAGAAAUAUAUGAAGAUGGAUGAUUUCUUCUCUUAGAAAUAUAUCUUUAGUUUUAGCCAAGCUACCAAACAUACAUGUAAGACCAGUAACAUAGGUUUAAAGGGUAGCUAGGUUUGUUCACCAAACACUAAUGAUUAAAAUGCAUGUGAUGAUCA